AAUGACGGAGUUAUCACAUUUUACGUCACAGACAGACGAGAGCUCCAGCUGGAGCAUCUGUGAGUCGAUCGGUCGAGCUAAGUUCGUUUAUUUUCCUCAUCAAAAUGCGCACUAGUUCGCAGUUUACAAAGAUUGGAAUACCACUGAUUGUGGUGAGUUUUCUGGUAGCAGUUGCAAUUAUUUUAGCCAUCGUUCUCUCCAAGGAAGGGAAGGGACUGACAACAAAAGGUAAACAGGAAACUUCUGGGAAGUUGUACGGAUUUGACGACAUCUUCAAUGGCAAAUACUCUUACUCUACUUAUUCUGUUCGCUGGAUGUCAGAUACCGAGUAUCUCAGAUAUUCUAACGGAAACCUUACUGUUACCGAUCUUGCCAAGAACACGACCAGGAAUUUUCCUGUUUCUCAAGACAUCAUGGAUGAUUUCAAUGUGUCUUCCUACUGGAUGUCGCCUGACGAAAAAUGGGUUCUGUUGGCUUCCAACAAGAAAAAGUUGUACCGCAGAUCAUUCUUUGCAGAUUAUUACGCGCACUACCUGGAAAAUGGAACGACCUUUCGGAUCAUGCCACCUAAUCCAAAGAAGCAGAUUCAGCUGGCUUUAUGGGGCAACAAAGGCACUUCAAUAGGAUUGGUUCAAGACAAUAACAUCUAUUGGUUGGACAGAAUUGAAGGAAGCCUUCACACGAUCACUGAUAACGGAAAAGAAAACGAGUUAUUCAACGGCGUCCCUGAUUGGGUCUAUGAAGAGGACGUGACGCUUACAAAUAAAGCCAUGUGGUUUUCCCCAGAUGGUCGAUACCUUGUUUUCGCGCAAUCAAACGACACUCAAGUGAAGUGGUUCCCGUACAUGUGGUACGGUGAGAACGCCGACAUCUACACCACUGUUAAGAAGAUAGCUUACCCCAAGCCGGGCUCCCCUAAUCCUGUCGUUAAAGUCAAAAUGGUGGACUUGGAAAAUCUGCCAUCGGAUACGAACAAGGUUCCACCUACAACAGACCUUAAGCCGCCAGAGGAGUUUAAAGACAUGUAAGUGAAUUUUUGUGAUAAGCUUUACUUAAAAAGUGGGAGGUGAGGUGGCCUCAUGGUUUGUGCGCUCGUCUCCGGAUCGAGCGGUCCGGGUUCGAGCCCUG